AUGGCGAGGACUCCGGCUGACCCAGACAGGGCUCUCGCGGCGACCUAUCCAGACGACUCGGCGCCCCAGCCGGCAGACGCGGAGGAGGACACGGCGGGAGCGACGGGCGAGGCCAUGCACGACGACGAGCUCGAGGACGACGAGGAAGAGGAGGAGCAGCAGGAGCUCUACGAGUCCUCAUCGUCUCCCAGCACAGAGACGGACACGCUGACGUGGAUCAACUGGUUCUGCUCGCUUCCUGGUCACGAGUACUUCUGCGAGGUCGCCGAGGACUUCAUCGAGGACGACUUCAACCUCACUGGGCUUAUCCAGCUCGUGCCUUUCUACAAGGAGGCGAUGGAAAUGAUUCUGGAUGUCGAGCCGGAGGACGACGAGGGCCAUCGCGUCCCCGACGUCUCAAUCGUCGAGUCGAGCGCAGAGCUGCUGUACGGCCUCAUCCACCAGCGGUACAUCCUGACGCGACAAGGGCUGCAGCAGAUGUACGCCAAGUUCGACGCCGCCCACUUUGGAGUCUGUCCGCGCGUCUACUGCGGACAGACCAAGCUCGUCCCGUGCGGGCGGAGUGACCUGCCUGGCGUCGACACGGUCAAGCUCUUCUGCCCGAGCUGCCUCGACAUGUACGUGCCGCCGAGCUCGCGGUUCCAGGGUGUCGACGGCGCCUUCUUCGGCACGACCUUCCCGCACCUCCUCUUCCAGACUUACCCGCCUCCCUCUCCCUUCCCCGCUCCUCAACCCGCCCCGAGCGACCCUUCAAAACGAGUUCCGACGACUGCCUCGACCAGCCUGAGCAAGAUCUAUCAGCCGCGGAUCUACGGGUUCAGGGUGAGCGAGAGGGCAAAGAGCGGGCCGAGGAUGAUGUGGAUGCGGAUGAGGCCUCGAACGGAAGGCGAGCUUGAUUGGGACGAGCGACCGGUUGGAGGAGACGCCGGAGCUGAGGGAGGCGGAGGAGAAGGCGAGGGCGCGUUGUUCGAUGACGACAACAUCGAUGACGAGGAGGAAGAGUCGGAAGAGGAGGAGGAAGAGGAUGGCGGCGCGGGCGGAGGCGAGGGUGGCAAGAAGGAGGGUGGAGCGGGCAAGCAGGCGGCACCGGACAAAAUGGUCGAGAAUGUUGCGUCGGCUCUCGACGGAGCGUCUUUGACGAGUCCUCGGACGAACGCGACGUCGCCUUCCGGCAUGCGGACGGCGCCUCUGCCCAUCCGAACCGACAGGGAGAUCAAGCCUCUCCCUACUUCUCGCCGCUCUUCUCCUGCCGCCGCAUCCGCUCCUACCGCCACGACCGCGCAAGCAACAGCCGCCGCCUCAACUCCCUCCCGCACCGCAGCUGAAGCCGCUUCCGCUUCUCUCGCUGCCAGCAUCCAGCGACACCUCGCAGCCGCAUCUGACCUCCCGCUCCCUCCUCCCCCUCUUCCGACUGCGCCAGCGAGGCGACGGGACGAGAUGACCGGCGCGCCGCGAGUCAGGGUCGCCUGA